UCCCAUCGUCUACGAGUGGGACGGGAUGGGGGGGGGGCUGACACACACUUAUCGCUGAGCUGCUCAGUCAAGACCCGGGUUCGAGUUUAGCAGACGGUGGAGAAGAGAAACCACAUUAAACUACUUCCUCUGAAAGUCAAGGAGAUAGAGUUAGACAUGAACUUCAAGUCAGAUUCCUUUAUUUAGCACAUUAAAGUGAAGUUGAGCCAAAGACUCAUGGGUAAAAAGAGGAGAUGAUCUAUGUCAGGAAUACAAUUUGUAGAAAAGUGAGUAAAAACACAGUAAAACACAUAGAAGAUAACAUAAAGGGACAUGAAUAAAAUAAAUGAAGUUAAUCUUUAUUUCCUGAGCUACAUAAUUAAUUCUGUAUGAAGUUUUCUUUUUUAUUUCCCAGUUAUUUCAGCUACAAAAGAUUAAAAAUUCUUUAACACAACUAAUUUCCUAAUCAGACAAUAUCUUUGUAUAUUUUUUUUAUCAUUUUUCUCUCAGAUAUUCAAUAAACAAAUAAACUACAUUGAAACUGUGCUGGACAGUGAUGAGGGUUAACAGAGGACAACCUGCCUAAAGCUCAUUAAAACACGCUCACAGAUGAUCAGGUGGAUUUUCCCAUCCAGGCCGUCACCGCUGACGCUAAAACCAUCCAUACGAUCUGCUGCUUUCUAUCUCAGCUCGACUUUCCCAUGAGAUGAAUGGGUCUGGUUACCAGUCGCUGGGCAUCGAUGCUGGCAGAGGCAAGGAGGAGAAGGAGGAGGAGAAGGAGGAGGAGGGGGGAAGCUGUGUGUGUGCAUCAAUGAGCCUGUUGAUCAGAAAAAAAAAGACCACUAGACUGGUAAUGACACAGUCCAGCGAUCAGGGCCAGAGGAAAUAAAAAAAACUCAGCUUUCACCUCCGUCUCCUUAUUUAAGAGGCGACUCCUGCACUGCUCCUCCUCAGUCUACCUCAAGAUACUGUCUGCUCCUCCGGCUGCGGGACGAAGAUGUGGACCGCUGCUCUCCUCGCGGUGCUGCUGUCCUCCGUGGACUCUGAUGAAUACUGCUACAAUCAGCCAGACUGUGAUCCUUACGCUUGGGGAGACAUGUUCCCGUCAUGUCACCCUUUACUUGAAGAGCACCAUUCUCCCAUUAAUCUGGACCAGCACACCACCAGGAAUGCGUCUCUGGGGCCUCUACACCUGGAGGGCUUCGAUGUGACGCAGCCGGGCCACUGGACACUGAACAAUGACGGACACUCAGUCGUGCUGCAGGUUGGCGGUGGGAUGUCCGUGAGCGGUGGAGGUCUUCCAGAUGUGUACCACACCAUCCAGCUGCACUUCCACUGGGGAGGCCCGGCCACCAACGGCUCAGAGCACACGGUGGACAGACGCAGAUUCCCGAUGGAGAUGCACAUAGUCAACAUGAAGUCCAUCCAUCCCAAUAUCACAGCGGCCCUGGAUGAUCCGACGGGACUGGCCGUGCUGGGAUUCUUCAUUGACGUUGCUUAUGCAGAGAAUGUGCACUUUGGACACAUUUCACAGAAACUGUCCUCAGUGGCUUAUAAGGGCCAGACGACCAGAGUCAAGCCGUUCCCGCUGAUGAGCCUCCUGCCGAAGCACAACAUGAGUCAGUAUUACCGCUACUCCGGCAGCCUCACCACCCCCCCCUGCUCCCAGGUGGUCCUGUGGACUCUCUACGAAGUCCCCGUCUUCAUCUCGUGGUCUCAACUGGCUCAGUUCACCUCGCAGAUCUUCUCCACGGAGGAGGAUGCAGAGCAGGUGACGCCCCUGCAGAACAACUUCAGACACGUGCACCCCACCUUCAGCCGCACCAUCUCCGCCUCCAGGGACGCCAGGCUCCUGGCGGGGGGGGCCGGGCGUCCCCUCGGGUCCCCUGUGUCCCUACAGCUGCUUCAGAUGGUUCUACUGGGGGGGUUCCUCUCGGCUCUUUAGCGCUGCCUCAAGUUCAAAUCAUAAAAACUCUGUGAUCAGAGAAACAUUCGAACCUGAGGUAGAGUUUACAGAUCUGUAGAGAUUGUCCAGCAAUGAAUACAUUUUUUUUAAACUGAGGAAAAGUACUGUUAUCACUUAACUUUCAUGAUUGUACCCUGCAUCACUAACACUUUAAUGUAAUGUGAAAGGAGCCCUGGUGCUAUUGAUACGUGCAUUUAUGACUGAAGGCCGUUAUUCACAGUGUACAGGUGCUUAUUCUUCAAAUAUUGGCUUAUUAUUUAGUUUUCAUUACUUUCUGUCAUUAUUGACUUUGGGCCUGAGAUCAUUUGUAGUUCAACAUAUUGUAAAAUUAAAGCUUGCUAAUGGUCUUUUACAUUUUUAUAAAACUUUAAAACUUUCAUAUAUAGCUAAAGAAUGGCAUGCUAACAUGUUGAUAUCAUAGCCUGUAUAUAAAGACAGAUGAAGUGUCUCCACCUCCGUCCACUCUCCAGAAAUGAAGCCGCUAACGCUGCCAUCUUGGGCCAAUGAAGAUACGAACACUCGACCAAUCACGAGCCAGUCUCAGCUGACAACCAUGACAUUUCAUCUGUUUUUUUUAUCAUCAAAUAACCAACUAAAGCAGAACUUCCUGUGAGCGCCAGCGAGGGGAACACAGAUGAGAAGUGUUCAAUUGAUUUGAGUCUGUGUGUCUAAUACGAAUUUCAGAGUUUUAUUUGAAAUGACUCCUGUUGAAGCGCUUCAAUAAAGAAUCUAAAAUAAA